UUUUGAUCGCCAUGUUGUAUUCAUUGAAUGGCCUGUAACCCCCUAGCUUGGUUCAAAUUUGCAUGCUUUUGCUUGGCGCUGGGAUUGAACUGGACAGCUGAGGCUGUUGAAGUUAUAGGGUCUCCUCUGGCCUUGGGAGAUUACCUGUCCCUUUCUUGUCUGUGCCUGGAAUAACUCCUCAAACGAAAGGAUAUGAUCUUUCACCUUACGCUGUUACUCAUACCCUUCGUUCAUUGCUUUCGAGCCACGAGGUAUGGAAUGGCUGGACUAGGGGCUGAUCCUUGUAAAGACUCCUUACUGACAUACUUGACCUACAUGCAAGGAUCCAUCCCAUACCACUGUUGUGUUGUAAGGGGACUCUUACAAUGUUCAGUAUGGCAUUCCUCUCCGCCACUGCAUAGAUUUCCUUUUUGAGUCUGUGCGCAGGGCAACAAAAAUUCCUAGGGAUCCACUAUGGACGGCAAUACUCCGGAGUAACUCGGCAAAUGUUAUACUCUCAGCUCAUCACAGAAUAUCUGUACACCCUGUUGCUGCAUAUUAC